AUUUCUCUAUCUGCCAAAUUCUCCCAAACCCUUAUUAGGUCGAGAUUUGUUAGAACAACUAGGAGCUAACAUCAUUUUUGAAAAAGGGAAAAUAAAAUUCCAAAUCAAAGAAAAGCAAUUAAUUGAAAUUCUAAGUUUGGCAUUAUUGCAAACACAAUCCGAACUUGAAAUACCUCCAGAAAUAACUGAUCAGGUAUAUCCAGGAGUAUGGGCCACCGAAGUCCCGGGGAGAGCCAAAAAUGCUGUUCCCAUAGUGAUUAAAUUAAAAUCAGAAUCUAAGCCGGUAAAGAUAAAACAAUAUCCUUUAAGGUUGGAAGAUAGGAAGGGAAUAAAAGAAAUAAUUGAUCGAUUUUUGCGAUAUGGGUUGCUAACUGAAUGUGAAUCCGAAUAUAAUACUCCCAUAUUACCGGUUAAAAAGGCGGAUGGGAGCAGCUAUAGACUAGUCCAAGAUCUAAGAGCAAUAAACAAAAUAACCGAGGAUAUACAUCCGGUAGUAGCUAACCCAUAUACGCUGCUUACCAAGUUAAAGGAUAAUCAGCUCUGGUUUACCGUGCUGGACUUAAAAGACGCCUUCUUCUGUCUACCACUAGCCACUGAGAGUCAGAGCUUAUUUGCCUUUGAAUGGGAAAAUCCGGAGUCGGGGAGAAAGACUCAGCUAACCUGGACGGUGUUACCGCAAGGCUUUAAAAACAGUCCCACUAUUUUUGGAAACCAAUUAGCUAGGGAGCUCGAGGCUUGGGUACCUCCAGAUAAUAAAGGGACUCUAUUGCAGUAUGUGGACGAUCUUCUAAUUGCCACUGAAACUAAAGAGAAUUGUAUGGAAUGGACUGUAAGUCUCCUUAACUUUUUGGGACUAAAUGGAUAUCGAGUUUCUCAACAGAAAGCCCAGUUGAUUCGACAACGUGUGACCUACCUGGGAUUGGAAAUUUCGGGAGGACAACGGGAACUCGGAAAUGAGAGAAAAGAGGCCAUUUGUCGCACCCCGGAACCCCAGACGACAAAAGAAUUACGGACAUUCCUGGGAAUGACAGGUUGGUGCCGCCUUUGGAUAUAUAAUUAUGGGUUGUUAGUAAAACCCCUGUAUGAGAUAAUUAAAGACAAUCAGUCAAAAAUAAAUUGGACUAACGAAGCACGGGCUGCUUUCAAACAGCUUAAAUCAGAGUUAAUGAAGGCCCCUGCCCUAGGAAUACCGGAUGUUUCAAAGCCAUUCUGGCUAUUUUCCCAUGAAAGGCAGGGAAUAGCUUUGGGAGUCUUAGCCCAGAGACUUGGCCCAUACAAACGAGCGGUGGCCUACUUCUCCAAGCAAUUAGAUGAAGUAAGUAAAGGAUGGCCGGGGUGUCUUCGCGCAGUAGCUGCGGUUGUGACUAACAUCCAAGAAGCCCGGAAGUUCACCUUGGGACAGAAAAUGACAGUACUAGUUUCCCAUACUGUCUCGACUGUCCUGGAACAGAAAGGAGGCCACUGGCUUUCGCCUCAAAGAUUUUUAAAAUACCAAGCCGUGCUGGUAGAGCAAGAUGAUGUGGAAAUUGUAGUCACUAACAUUGUCAACCCAGCUUCUUUUCUUAGUGGGGCCCAAGACGAACCAGUAUCACAUGACUGUAUAGAGACCAUUGAAGCCACAUAUUCCAGUCGACCAGAUCUCCAAGAAGAACCUUUGGAGGAUGCUGAGGAAUCAUGGUACACCGAUGGAAGUAGCUUCGUAAAACAAGGACAGCGAAAAGCGGGUUAUGCAAUCACCACCACCCAGCGAGUAAUUGAAGCUAAGCCUUUACCUGCAGGUACCUCGGCCCAAAAGGCAGAAAUAAUCGCUCUCACUAGGGCCUUGGAACUGGCGAAAGGGAAAAAAAUAAAUAUUUGGACGGACUCGAAAUAUGCAUUUGGAGUGGUCCACGCCCAUGGUGCAAUCUGGAAGGAGCGAGGACUCUUAACCGCACAAGGUAAACAGAUAAAGCAUGCGGAAGAGAUUUUAAAAUUACUGGAAGCUGUAAAACAACCAAAGAAGAUAGCCAUAAUGCAUUGCAAAGGACACCGAAAAGGAAAAACGGACCCAGAAAUUGGAAAUCGGUUAGCUGACCAUGAGGCUAGGCGG